UCGCCUUCUCUAUAUAAAUGGACUCCCCCAGACAUAUCUCAUACGAGCCUUUCGUUGAUUGGUCUGAAAGAAAGAGCAUAGAGAUCUUUUCCUUGCCAGAAGAUAACUUUGGGAUCAAAAUCAAGAACAAGGGUUUAGAGCGUGGAAAUUGGAGAUGGCAUUGGUUACAGGAGGAAGGUCAACAUUGAACCCCAACGCCCCUCUCUUUAUUCCAGCUGCUUUCCGCCAAGUGGAGGAUUUCUCCCCAGAGUGGUGGCAAUUGAUUACCACUUCAACAUGGUUCCGUGAUUACUGGCUCAGCCAGCACCAGGAGGAGGAUAUUUUUAAUUGUAAUAAUGCUGAUGAUGAAUUUGAUGCCAAUGACAUUGCUGACCUGCUGCCAGAUGCAUUUGACUUUGGCACGGAGGAAGACUUCUCACACAUGGAAGCCCAGUUUGAGGAGUUCAUUCAAUCUUCAGAAGCCGAAGAAGCAAAUAAACCAUCUCACCUUGCUUUGAAUGGAACGUCGGGAAAUGGUUCAGCUGUGGGGAUGGAUGUGAAUGCACUGAUGAAAUUUACAAAUGAAAGGGGUCCCAAGUCUCUGGCAGAACCAGCAAAGUAUCAGGAGAAAGCAGGCAGGUGCAUGAGCCCAAAAUGCAGCCCUCGGCCCAUCCAGCAGCCCCGCUGAAGGGUGUCAGCUUUGCCAGGGUUCCAGUUAGCAGAUCAUCCAAGGGGGUCCGAAAAUAACUUUCUUAAUGUAGCUUCUGUAUAGAGCUAGGUUGCGUCCAACUCGUGUAUCCCUUCCUAUUCAGUCUCAUGUAUUUUUCUUCCACUUAACAAUAGAAACUUCCCAGAAAAUGUAUUAAAAAAAAGUUUCAAAUGAAUGAAAAAAGAAAAAACCCUAAAAUUUGUGUUCA